AAGUUGCUACAUCAAAUGCAAGGAUUAUUAUUAUUGUUUAUUAUUAACUUUGAAGCCUGUUACCCUAUAUAAAAGAUGCUAUAUAAACUCUCCGAAGAUGACAGCCAAUCCUCCUUUAAUGGAAUUGGUGCCGGAUUAGUAUUCAGUCUUCUGAUUGGUGAGUACCACAACAUGCUGUUCAGUGCAAAGCACAAGAUGCUUUACUUACCAAUCAGACGCAGUAUAUGGGAGGAAAGGUUACAGAAGGUCAAUGUGCCAUUUUUGUCAUCUGGUAUCUGUUACUGCAAAGACCAGAGGUUUUAUACAGACAGCCUCAGGUGUGCGCGCAGACGCUCCCCCCCGGCCCCACCCAAACUCGGGGCUGGGGUUUGAGACCCGGCGCCUUCCCCUGUGACGCCUCAUCCUCCGUAAACGGCCGAUCAGUGUCCUCGGGCUCUGGGACUCCCAGCACAUUCAGCUCCAGCAAUGGCAAACGCUCACGAGCCGACCACGGGCAGAAAUCAGAGGCCUACAAAUCCAUUUUCACCUCCCACAGCUCAGCAAAAUGCUCAAAGGAGCAAAACUGGAUCACUCACACUGCAUACUACAUCUGAAACAGCCAGAACCAGAUACCAUCACCGCCUACUUUAGUUAGUAAACCCAGGUGAUUAAAUUUCUUUCCUCCAUGUGGACUUUUUCUCUAGGAGCUCUUCCUAAUUCUGCCGAGACUCUUUAAUCCUGGUGGUAAUGAAAGUGAAAAUGUUUAAUUGGUGAUGGGAUCAGACUGAAGUGGUGAGACUUACCUCAGGUCCAGAGCUCACACUAAUUAUUGCUCAAACGUGCUUCCAAUUGUCUACUGGUGGCUUUACUCUCAUGAACUCUUCAUUUUGCUUAAUAAAUCUCACAAAGGAUUCUUCAUUGUCAUCUUCUAUAGCAACACAUCUGACAGCAGCUCACACAUAUGAGGAAAUGA